GACAACAUGGCGGAUGUAAUGAACGUCGGAGUGAAUUUGGAAGCUUUUUCUCAGGCUAUUAGUGCAAUCCAGGCUCUCAGAUCCAGUGUGACCAGAGUGUUUGACUCUCUUAAGGAUGGAAUGAAGAACAAAGAGACCCUGGAAGGCAGAGAGAAGGCUUUUAUCACCGAGUUCCAGGACAACCUGCAGGCUGUCAACCGCGACCUGAAUGAGUUGGAGAGACUGAGUGGUCUUGUUGGUCGUCCAUCAGAAUCUCAUCCUCUUCACAACAGCGGUCUGCUGAGUCUGGAUCCCGUCCAAGACAAAACCCCCCUUUAUUCCCAACUGCUACAAGCCUACAAGUGGUCCAACAAGCUACAGUACCAUGCCGGCUUAGCAUCCAGUUUGUUGAACCAGCAGUCACUCAAACGGUCAGCGAAUCAGAUGGGAGCAUCGGCUAAGAGAAGGCCGAAGGUCCAGCCAAGCACACUAGUUCUCCCACCUCAGUAUGUAGAUGAUGUGAUUUCUCGGAUUGGCAGAAUGUUUCCUGACAUGACAAUAGAACUGUUCAGACCCAAUGGAAGCUCUGCUGUCCUGCUGGUGACUCUGGGGAAGAUUUUGAAGGCCAUUGUCGUCAUGCGAUCUUUGUUCAUUGACAGAACUGUUGUCAAAGGAUUCAAUGAGAGUGUUUAUUCUGAGGAUGGAAAGCUGGACAUCUGGACCAAGUCCCAGUACCAGGUCUUCCAGAAGGUAACAGACCAUGCCACGACGGCCCUGCUUCACUACCAGCUACCUCAGAUGCCUGAUGUGGUGGUCCGCUCCUUCAUGACGUGGCUAAGGAGUUAUAUCAAACUGUUCCAGUCUUCCUGUCAGCGCUGUGGCCGCUUCCUGCAGGAUGGACUUCCUCCAACAUGGAGGGACUUCAGGACAUUGGAGGCAUUCCACGACACCUGCCGCAUGUAGACAGUCAGUCAGACUGACUGGCUUUACAGACAGACAGACAUGUAAGACCAUUUUCUGUUAUGACGUCAUGAUGUUUUCUUGGUUUGAAGACUGAACUGCGGUCUGUAUUUGUUAAAUGUGGACUAUCCUGCUCUUACUGGCAUCAGAUGUCCUCAAUAAAAGCUUUUUUA